AGAAGCGCAAUCGCCCCUGGAGCGAGAUCUGUUAUCGUGCUACUCUCGUCGCUCCGGAAGGAAGGUUUGUGGGUCGUUUCCCCCUCCCGUUCCCAUCUCCAUUGCCAUUUUACAUUUCGAAUUCUCAGCCGAGGAUUCUGGCAGGUUGGUCCGCCCGUCGAUCUCAACUCUCAAGUAGAAGAAGCGGAUUUAAAAUGGCGUCGGCGACUGGUGCGACGAGGCUGGAUCUGGAUGGGAACCCAAUCCGGCCGCUGACGAUCUGCAUGAUCGGGGCGGGUGGGUUCAUCGGGUCCCACCUCUGCGAGAAGCUGAUGGCGGAGACCCCUCACAAGGUGCUCGCCGUCGACGUCUACAGCGACAAGAUCAAGCACCUCCUCGAGCCCCCGCCGGGGCACGGCCGGAUCCAGUUCCACCGACUCAACAUCAAGAACGACUCCCGACUCGAGGGCCUCAUCAAGAUGUCGGAUCUGACGAUUAACCUGGCGGCCAUCUGCACCCCCGCCGAUUACAAUACCCGCCCACUGGAUACCAUAUACAGCAAUUUCAUCGAUGCCCUUCCAGUGGUUAAGUAUUGCUCUGAAAACAACAAGCGGCUCAUUCACUUCUCCACUUGCGAGGUGUAUGGGAAGACUAUCGGAAGCUUUCUCCCAAAGGAUCACCCUCUGCGGCAGCAACCGGAGUUCUACGUGCUCAAAGAAGAUGCCUCGCCAUGCAUUUUUGGUCCUAUUGAGAAGCAAAGGUGGUCCUAUGCAUGCGCAAAGCAACUUAUUGAAAGGCUAAUCUACGCUGAGGGUGCUGAAAAUGGACUUGAAUUCACCAUCGUGCGACCUUUUAAUUGGAUUGGACCAAGGAUGGAUUUUAUUCCUGGAGUUGAUGGACCUAGUGAGGGUGUUCCACGGGUUUUGGCAUGCUUCAGUAAUAAUCUCCUCCGCCAGGAACCUCUGAAGCUUGUUGAUGGUGGUCAGUCCCAAAGAACCUUUGUGUACAUCAAGGAUGCCAUUGAAGCCGUUCUCUUGAUGAUUGAAAAUCCUGCUCGAGCCAAUGGUCAAAUCUUCAAUGUGGGAAAUCCUAAUAAUGAAGUCACAGUUAAGCAACUUGCAGAAAUGAUGACGGAGGUGUAUUCGAAGGUGUCAGGAGAGCCACCAUUGGAGGUACCAACAAUUGAUGUAAGCUCCAAAGAGUUCUAUGGUGAAGGAUAUGAUGAUAGUGAUAAGCGAAUCCCUGAUAUGACCAUAAUUAAUAAACAACUUGGUUGGGAACCAAAGACACCCAUCUGGGACUUGCUGGAAUCAACUCUGACCUAUCAGCACAGGACAUAUGCAGAGGCUAUCAAGAGGGUUAUGGCAAAACCUGCUGCGUCAUGUUAGAACCAGAUCUUAUUCCCUCUUAUAGACAUUCCCGCCUACCGUAAUUGUUGCGUAUCUCUUAAUAUUCUUUUGGAAGAGACUCCGCAUGUGUAAGGUAGUCAUUACAAUUUUCAUUCGUGUCAGUAGAUGAUUUCCGAAUAUUUCUAUGGAAUAUGUUGAAGUGUUCUGAGGGCAUUACAUCUGGACACGAUUAAUGAUAUGAUGGUGGAGAUAUAUCAGGAUCUGCUGUCAAUAUUUGUUGCCGA